AUGUCAGGGAUUUUUAGCGGGUUUAAUAUUCUAAUACUUUCGAAAAUAUUAGGAUUUACCGGGACAUCCGCCAGCAUAAUAAAAAAUAAAAUAGAAGAGCACGGAGGAAGUGCAGAUAUUUUUGGAUCAAGAAAUAUAAAAGAUAUCAAAAGCUACACAAUAGUAAUAGCCCCUGAAAAUGCUACUGAAGAAAUAUUAUCACAAAAGCUAAAUAUAACAAAUAUCAAAGAUAUGACCAUUGUAAAGCCUGAAUGAGCACACUCUUCUAUUGUAGCUAAAAAAAUCCAACCCAUAGAAAAUUUUAAAUUAAAGUUUAAUGAGAAGAUGCCUUCAAGAGAAUCAUCUCCAUCUAUUAAAAGAAAAGCUGAAGAAUUGGAAGUAGGAAAACCUAGAAAGCCAUCAAUUAUUGAUAAUUUUUCUCAAUCUUCGAGAAAAAGUGUUGGAUCAGACUGAGUAUUUUCAAGCCCAGAAGAGCCAUCUGAUUUGCCAAUUAAUAUGAAUCCAGAAUUUUUUCAGCCUCCAGAUCCUUCUAGGAUUAAAAGCAGCAAUUUAAAUUCACAUAUCACGGAUGAGCUAGAAAAAUUACAAAAGCUAUAUGAAAUUCUAGAUGACAGAGGAAGGUCUGUAACAUAUGCUAACACAAUAAGAUCACUUAAACUAUUAAAUUUCAAGGUCACUGAUGCCGAGCAGCUCAAAAAAAUUAAAGGGUUCGGGAUAAAAACUAGAAAUAAAGUAGCAGAGAUUUUACAAAAAGGAUAUUUAGAUAAAACCGUUAUGGCUGGAACCUCCUUUUGGCUCAAAAUAUAGUGGCGUUUUCAGACGUAAAAAAUCGAGAGUUGAAAGCCAGCAUUUGCUGUUAAACUAAAUACCCAGUUUGGCGUCGGAAGACGUCAACAUAGUUUGAGCCAAAAGGAGGCUAGGACUAUAGCUUAAGCAAAGAGCCCCAAAUCCAAGCAAUUAAUGAAAUAUCUCAAAUUUAUGGAUUUGGAUCGAAAACUGCGAUUGAUCUAUAUAAACAUGGACUACGAACUAUCCAAGAUGUUAAAAAAUUUGCAGAGAUUAAUAGAGAUUAUUUCAGCGAAAUCCAGUUAACUGGAAUCGAACUUUAUGAUGAUCUCAUACAAAAAAUCCCAAGAGAAGAAGUAGAAAGAAUUGGCUCUAUUAUAAAAGCACAGCUGAAACUUAUAGAACCCAAAAGCGAGUUUGAACUCUGUGGAUCGUAUAGAAGAGGCAGGGAACUGUGUGGAGACAUUGAUAUUGUUAUUGGAACAAAACAUAAGGAUCGACUUCUUCCAUUUCUUAUAACUUCUCUUAAAGCAAUUGGCUUAUUAACCCAUAGUUUUACAAAUACCUCAGAAAAAUUCACAGGUGUUGUGAAACUUGAAGGAAAGCCUCAUAGGCAGCUUGACUUUUUUGUAUGUAAUAUAGAAGAAACUCCUUAUGCAAUUCUUUAUUUUACAGGAUCAAGCAACUAUAAUCGACUACUCAGACUUGAAGCAGAAAAAAAAGGUUACCAUCUUUCCAAUACAGGACUUUACAAUCGCUCGACAGGUCAAAAACUGAUAAACGCAACUACAGAAGAUGACAUCAUUAGGUUUUUAGGGUUUCCUAUUCUCAGUCUUCAAGAACGAGAUGUAUAA